AUGGCAGCGCCACCGAGCUCUUCUCCCGCGCCUCGCUCAUCCCGCCCAGGCGACGACUGGUUCUUCGCCGGCCUGGCGUCCUCCUUCCCCAACAUAACCAACUCGAGCGAGCCCCACUUCAAGCUCGUCUGGCCACAGCCGUGCAAAGCAGCAGGAGUCUCCGCGGAUACCACCAAGGUCCCCGGCUGCAAGAUCUUCCACCCCAAGGCCGCCACCACCGCCCAGCCCUCGCCCACACCAGCGGCGGCAUCUUCAGUCGAGGAGAUCGACGCCGACGCCGCGGCCGGCGAGGACGCGUGGCUCAUGAAGGAGCAGGUCCUCGUCUUCCGGUACAAGGGCGCCUUCCACGCCGUGGACCACGCCUGCCCGCACCGCUCGUACUCGCUGUCGUGGGGGGUGCCCUUCGACAUCGAGGACGCCGGCGGGAGGACCCUCGGCCACGCCAUCAGGUGCCGCGGCCACAGCUUCGCCUUCGAGCUGACGACCGGCGCCGGCGACCGCGGCGCGUACCAGCUGGGCGUGUGGGACGUCGAGCUCAGGCCGGCGGCUGGGGUUGUUGCUGUCGGGGCUGGGGCUGAUGAUGACGAGGAGGAGGAGAGGGAGGUGUGGGUGAGGAGGAGAAAGAGGAAGCAGGGACCAGACUGA